AUGGAUAACUAUUCAGACUUCAAUACAAACAACCUUUCAUCUUCAGCUAAUAUGUCUAUUUCUUUGCCUGGACAAGCUGGACUCAAUACCACUGGUGGUACUCCUUCUAUGUCAAUAAGCAGGCUUUUCCCAGCCCUGUUGGAAUGCUUUGGAAUAAUUCUUUGUGGCUACAUAGCUGGAAGAGCCAACAUUAUCACAACAACUCAGGCCAAAGGACUGGGAAAUUUUGUAUCCCGUUUUGCACUCCCAGCUCUACUGUUCAAAAACAUGGUGGUACUUAACUUUUCUGAUGUGAAUUGGUCCUUCCUUUACAGUAUUUUAGUUGCCAAAGCUGCUGUGUUUUUCUUAGUCUGCAUUUUAACAUUGUUGGUAGCUCGUCCUGAGAAUAGAUUUAGCAAAGCAGGUCUGUUCCCUAUUUUUGCUACACAAAGCAAUGACUUUGCACUGGGAUAUCCAAUAGUUGAAGCUUUAUAUCAAACCACUUACCCAGAAUAUCUCCAGUACAUUUACCUAGUGGCUCCAAUAUCUCUUAUGAUGCUAAAUCCUCUGGGGUUUAUCUUCUGUGAAAUCCAGAAGUGGAGGGAUAAUCGCACUGUGUCACACAGCAAAAUCAAAAUAGUGGGCCUAGCACUUCUUCGAGUUUUGCAGAACCCAAUUGUGUUCAUGGUCUUCAUAGGAAUUGCCUCAAACUUUAUUCUUGGCCAGAAAAUUCCUGAAUACCUUGAAAACUUCCUUGAUGGACUGGGCAGUUCCUUUUCUGGCUCUGCACUUUUUUACCUUGGACUAACUAUGGUGGGACAAACAAAAAAACUGACGAAGGGUAUGUUUAUUGCACUGAUCCUUCUCAUCACAGCUAAACUACUUAUGAUGCCAUUUCUCUGUAGAGAAAUGGUAGAACUCUUGGACAAGACCGACGACGUAGUCAACCACACCAGUUUAUCAAACUAUGCAUUUCUUUAUGGAGUUUUUCCAGCAGCACCUGGUGUCGCAAUAUUUGCAAGUCAAUUUAAUAUGGAAGUAGGAAUUAUUACCUCAGGCAUGGUGAUAAGCACUUUUGUGUCUGCGCCUAUUAUGUAUGUUUCUGCGUGGCUGUUGACAAUUCCAUCUAUGGACCCCGACCCACUGGCAUCUGCACUCCAAAAUGUUAGCUUUGACAUAAGUAUUGUCAGCCUCAUUUCUCUGAUCUGGUCUCUUAUUGUUGUUAUUCUGAGUAAGAAAUACAAACAGCUUCCUCAUAUGAUUACAACAAAUCUACUUGUUGCUCAGUUUAUUGCUUGCAUUGGAAUGGUGGUAUGGAAUUUCAUUGUUAAAGAGAAAAACAUCACUGUGCAGAUCCUAGUAUUUAUAUUCCUCUACAGCUCACUUUAUAGCACCUACCUGUGGACAGGUUUUCUAUCUUUCUCUUUGUUUCUGUUGAGGAAGAGGGAAACAGUAAAGAUUCCCAUUGGGUUUAUUAUCAUAGCUGGAUGGGGACUCCCAACACUUCUGGUGGGAAUCUUACUAAUUGUUGGUGAUCGUAACAACACUAGUAUUGACUCUGCCUUUUUCUAUGGAAAAUAUCAGAUAAUUACCACAGCGGUGAUCCUGUUCAUCAGUAUAUUGAUGUCAGGUAUCUCACUUAUGUGCAUGAACAGAAAUAGGGAAGAGUCAACCUAUGAGGUAUUGAACCCAUAUUCACCACGUAGCCAAGUAGAGGAGGUUGAAGUGGAAGGGAGUGAGGGGAAUCGAGUUUCAGCCACUAUGCCUCAGCCUUCUCCAGGAUCUUUUGCACAGCCUUCUCCAGGAUCUUCUACACAGCCAUCUGCAGAAAGAGGUUGCUGUUCUUGUCAGACAACAAAUGGUGAAUUAUCCUGUGCUAGAGAGAGCAGCAAAGCAAUAUCAAAUGCUGUUGAAAGCAAGGUUCCUCCAAUUGAGACAGCUGAUCAGUGUGUGAGUCAUUGCAGCGCUCAAACCUGUGUAUUGGCUCAGGAAGAACAGCUUCUACAGACCGGAGACAAACAGCUGGCCAGACAUGUGCUGCUGUGCUUACUUCUUAUUGUUGGCCUGUUUGCUAAUCUUUCCAGUUGUUUGUGGUGGCUGUUCAACCAAGAGCCUGGGAGGUUAUAUGUGGAAUUGCAGUUCUUCUGUGCUGUGUUUAAUUUUGGUCAGGGAUUCAUUUGCUUUGGUAUUUUUGGCUUAGAUAAGCAUUUAAUAAUUCUACCAUUUAAGCGAAGACUUGAAUUUCUCUGGGGAGGAAGAGAAGCAGCAGGCCAUACAGAUCCCUGUGUACCUGAGGAAAUCAGGAUGACCUGUCAACAGUUUGUUCGUUAUCAUAGAGAUCACUGUGUCAAAAGCAUUGUCAAAGGCAGAAGGUGUGGUGCAAAGAUCUCCACUGGCAUCUUCUUUGGCUGUGACCUGGUGAACUGGCUCAUGCAAGUUGGCCUUGCCUCUGACCGUGGUGAAGCUGUGAUGUAUGGAGACAGACUGAUGAAAGGAGGCGUCGUCCAGCAUAUUACAAAUGAAUUUGAAUUUCGGGAUGAAUAUUUGUAUUACCGCUUUAUUCCGAAGAGAUCAGUUGCAGUUGAGAGCCAUUGA